AUGUCAGGGGAAGACGUGCAGGAGCGCCUGGCCCAGGCGGAGAAAGACCGUGCCAAGCUUGCGGCAUUGCAGCUGCAGCUGGAGAGCCGGGAUGAAGAGGUGGAGCGGCAGCGCAGUGAGGCUGCGAAACUGCGACAGGACCUGGAUGAGGCGCAGACCCGCUUUGAAGCGGUACGCGACCUGAAGACGUCUGUGGUCGUCGAACAGCGAGACCAACGCCUGGGGACCAUCUCGGGCGCGGAGGGUCUCUCUGCUUGGAUCGCGGAUGCCCAGGCGGUGCUGGAGGGUACUACUGGGAGGUCUAUCUCUCUCAGGAAGGUCCUGGGGGAAUUUUACGGGCGGACCCAAAAGAGUGGGGAGUCGCUGCUCGAGUUCUCCCUGGCGCUGCGCAGCCUCCAGCACAAGUCAGGGGGCGAGGUCGACAACGUGCGCCUCCUUGAACAGUUUGCAGAGGGAGUCUUUGACCAGGGGUUGCAACGGGAACUGCGGAGAGUGCGCGCAGAGCAAAGCAUGGGGGAUCUUACAGAGCUCCGGGAGUGGGCGGUAGGAUGGCUGGGGGGCGACGACGCCAGGCCGAGAGGUGCUGGAGUUAAGGCGGUAUCCGCCACGGUUGAUUCAACCGAGGCAUCGAGCCCGGCAGUACCAGAAUGGAGGCGUGAGAUAGACGAGCUCAAGCAGAUGGUACGGGAGAUGGCUGUCACCCGUGGCCAGGACAGAGAUCGGGGAGCAGAAGCGCGGGCUGGGUCCACCGGCCCGAGGAGGUGCUACCAGUGCCACCGCACUGGUCACUUCAAGGCAGAGUGCCCUGAGAGGCGUCCCCAACGCAAAGGGAGGUGUUACGAGUGUGGUUCACCCGACCACUACCGAGACGCCUGCCCUAAGCUGAGAGACCACUCCAGGAAGGAACCGGGAAACGACGACCCCCUACAGUGCUGAGCCGUGCAGUAGGAGGGGCCACUAAUGGCUCGGGAAACACUAGUCAAGCCAGUUUUGAGGAGCGGGGCAUGGCACCCUGCCCGGAGGCUGAGGUGAAGAUCGGCGGUGUGGGAGUGAGGUGUUUACUGGACAGCGGGUCGCAGGUGUCACUCAUAACCGAGAGCUUCUUCAGGAGGCGGUUUGGCCUGGCGGGAGAGCUAGUUGAUCUGCCGUGGCUUAGGGUUAGGGCGGCCAAUGGCCUUGAAGUUCCCUACUUGGGAUACAUCGAACUGGAUGUCGAGGCCUGUGGGCAGGUGUUUCCGCAGAUGGGGUUUUUGGUGUCUCGCGACCCUACCUCACCUGAGGAACGGAAGCGACUGGAGAGAUUGCCAGGGAUCAUUGGGUGCAAUAUCCUGCAACGUAUGCCCUGUGAGAUUGAUAGUGCCGGGAAGUGGCGGAGUGGUGCUGGGUCUGUCUCG